AUGGUUCGAUUACAAGGCCCUUGUCACAUAGAAAGUUCUGUGCAGCAGCGCCAGACUAAGAAGAACCCAUUGUCACUGGGUGUAACCGCCAGCAAAAGCACAUGUUGCAUCUUCGAAGUCCCCGGCCAUAUGUUGGUCGGCAACUCAUAUCAUCCUUUUGUUGUCUCCAUCGGGCCCUAUCACCGACGCAAGCGGGAGCUCAUGAUGAUUGAGGAGCACAAGUGGCGGUAUCUCAAGUCCUUGCUCUGCAGAAAACCGACCAAGACCUUUGAGGUCUACUUGGAAAGCAUAAAGCCACUUGAAAAGGAUGCCAGGGAAUACUAUUCGAAGAUCAUUGAACUUGAAAGCCGUGACUUCAACGAAAUGAUGGUUCUUGACAGGUGCUUUAUAAUAGAACUUUUUCGCAAGAUUAUAGACCGGAACCUAUUCGAGCCCAAUGAUCCUCUGGCCACCGAUUGUUGGGUAUUACCAUUUGUAUAUAGGGACUUCCUCCUGCUCGAGAAUCAGAUACCAUUCAUUAUACUAGAAAAGUUAUUUGAAAUAUCCAAAAUGCCUAGCGAGGAGGAGUCUAGUUUGUCCUUAUCCUUGCUUGCCAUGCAAUUCUUCAACGAAGCUAUCGCAUUGCAAAGACCCCAUGAUUUCAUAUGCCACCGGUCUCGUGAUCUAAAAGGCUCGCAUUUACUGGACUUGGUUCGUUUAAGCUUUAUACCCGAGAAAUUAAAAGGAACACAAAGCAGUGGCACACCAACCCAUGUUAUGCACAGCUUCUCAAGGCUCCGCCGGUCAGGGAUUAAGCUCAAUCUGGUCCAAGAGGAAAGCUUCUUGGUUGUGAAAUUCAAGAAUGGUGUGAUUGAGAUGCCUCGUCUAAGACUUGACGAACUCAUGGGCUCUUUCUUGUCAAAUUGCGUGGCAUUCGAGCAGCUUCAUUGCGACUUCUCCAAACACUUCAACACUUAUGCAACCUUCUUGGACUGCCUCGUGGAAAGUGCCAAGGAUGUUGGGUACCUAUGCCACCACAACAUUAUGGAUAAGAAUAUUGGUAACGAUGACGAGGUUGUGCGCUUCAUCAACCAGAUGGGCAAAGGCGUGAUGAUUAAUAGUGAUUGUUAUUUGUCCAAGUUGUUUGAGAAUGUGGACAAGCAUUAUAGAAAUUGUAAAGGCAAAAAAGGGUACAUUGGGAAUUUUAGAAAUUGCUGGAACGUGCAAUGGGCGACCUUCAAGCGUAAGUAUUUUGACACUCCUUGGGCGUUCAUUUCGGCGUUGGCUGCGUUUGUGCUCUUAUCGCUUGCAAUUGCCCAAACUUUCUACACCAUCUAUGCUUACGUGCAUCCGAAUGAUGGGUCCCCUCCGCCAAAUUGAAUGCGAAUGAAAUUUGUAUU